CGGAUAUAAGUGCGUGGUGUGCGUCCUGUUGUGCGCUUCGCUGCCGCCUGAGCUUUUGUCUUCGGAGAGGCUUUUGGGUUGUCAUCUCGCGCUGCUGGUUGGCCGACUUUCCUUCCGACUCCUUACUGCCAGAUAUUACAGCGACCGGGCCACUCACGGCUCUUUCUCCUGGAGGAUCCAGAGGCCUUCCAGAAGCAGAAGGCAGCUCUACUGCUCUACAAAGGAGUGGGAUCCUUUGAGCCAUGAAGCAUAUGUUGAACCUCUAUCUCUUAGGUGUGGUGCUGACCCUGCUCUCCAUCUUCGUUAGACUGAUGGAGUCCCUGGGGGGCUUACUGGAGAGCCCAUCCCCUGGGAGCUCCUGGACCACCAGAGGUCAACUGGCCAACACAGUCCCCAAGGGCCUUCCAGACCAUCCAUCCAGAGGGGUGUGAUAAGACCUCCCUCCACCGGCUGUAACCUUGGAACACUGGCCUAAAUACGUACAGCUGUACCAGUUCCUGGGUAGGCAAGCUCAGCAUCAGUGUUAUCAGAGAACUAACUGUUACUAGGCCCUUGAAGGGCCUCUCCACCUGCAUGCUCGUUGCUCUGGAAAAAGCCUGUUUAAUACACAGAUAUGAGUGGGUCGCCUGUGGCUGUGGAAUGGAGUGAUCUCACUCUUCUCCCCAGUCCGCCAUAUGCUUUGCUGUCCUUGGCAGCAUGGCUCUGUCUUCUCUUAGAUGGGGACUUGUGCUGCAACUUCAGCUGUUGGGAGAUCGUGUUAUUUUCAACCCUACUUUCUAAGCAUCUGCCAAGAGUUCCUUUGGGCGUGGGUGUCUUAUGGUCAGUUUAUUUGGUGUUCAGUUUCUCUUCCAUGAGAGCUCCUCUGUGUGCGGAUAACAGUUGAAGAGAUGUGUGGGUUGGCUAUAGGAAGGGGGAAGGUGGAGUGUUCUAUGUCCCGUUCUCAUUGUUUUACAUUUUUAAGUCACUUCUCCAACAUAGCGUGUAUGUGUGUGUGUACUGGUCUGAAGAGGCCAGUGGGAUGACAGCACCUGCUCAGGACAUGGGCAUUUCGGCCACCGUGUGGCUUAAAUAAAUUUUUCUACUGAAAUAAAGUUGAAUGUAUAUUUCUACAAUGUGUCUUGUUGACUUCUGCCCUGGAAAUUAGUGGUAGGGAAGGGUCUUAAUUCGCAGAUCUGAGGUUUCACAUCUUAAAACUUUGGAGCAGGAAAGUACAUAAAAUGCUUUGUUUAAAAUAUAAAGUAGGGAUUUCCCUGGUGGUCCAGUGGUUAAGGCUCUGUGCUCCCAGUGCAGGGAUCGUGGGUUCGAUCCCUGGUCGGGGAACUAAGAUCCCACAUGCCGCAUGGUGUGGCCAGAAAAACCAAAAGACCAAACCAAACAAAAAAAAUACAAGGUAAAUAAACCUCUGAACUUGGAAGCAGGCGUGCUUGGGUCUGCCCUGUAUUAACCAGUUUUCUGAGCCUAGGCCAAGGUCAUUAUAGUUCUCUCUUGACUGUCCAUAUCUAAAGAAAAAGAAAAAUGAUCAUUUCUUCCAGCCCCUCACCUUCAGUCUCUGGAGAAAAGAAGACUAUCAGUCCAGUAGGCCAUGGCUUUUUUGUCUAUGUUCUUAUCCACCAGACUGACUACUCAGUUCUGAUUGUUCUCCAGGUCAGCUGGUGAAAUGUCUGGACCUCACAGAUGAUUGUUUCUGCUCUCCCAAACCUAGCAACUUGGCCUUUCCAUAAAAAUGGAGGUCUUUUUUUUUUUUUUUCCUUCAAUUCACUCCCCCCUCCAUCCCUACCCCAUGUUGAAGCACAUUCCCUCCUCUGCCUGUGGUAAUUUACACACUCGUGUUGGUGUACACAUCAUUUUGUUUAUGGUGAGUUUGAUUUACUUUUGCCAAAGGGUAAGAAUGGUGCAUGGUGUCCUCUGCUAAGUCAGUUUUACUUCCUGAGUGUUCUUAAGCUUAAGUGCCACUACCCUAGAAACCAGUGGUUUGGGCAUCACUUUUAUUUAUUGCACUAUGGUAGUCAUUAGUGCUGUUUACAAAUAUUUCCAGCUUCCCACCUUCUGGGCACAUGAUAAGAUUGUACUCCCUGGUCUUUUGUGGUUGGCUGGGCUUAUGUGACUUGUGUUGGUAACAGAGUACUCUCAAAAAUAUAGUUGGCUGUUUAUCUCUGAUUUCAGGCAGUGUCAUGUGACAGUAGCUGCCCUUUUCUAGACAUAUUUCUUAAAUUUGAUGUCUUUUCUCAUUCUCAUGCCUCCCCAAUUACUUUGGGGCAUUUUGAUCUUUCAGUUGGAGAGCUGCAUCUGAAGUCUCUUCCCCAAGCAGUUUAGCUUUUUUUUUUUUUAACAUCUUUAUUGGCGUAUAAUUGCUUUACAAUGGUGUGUUAGUUUCUGCUUUACAACGAAGUGAAUCAGUUAUACAUAUACAUAUGUUCCCAUAUCUCUUCCCUCUAGCAGUUUAGCUUAAUUGAAAUGGUUUACUGGGUGCCACAGCCUUAAUGAGGUCUUGGCUGUAAAACAAUUUAAACUACUCAGAGGUUUUAACAAAGAUAUGAUGGCCAUACCGUUGUUUUGAUCUUUCUUAUGAGUAGGGUAAGCAACUGUCCCUGUGCCUGGCAGGGUUGCAGGACUUUCAGUGUUAAAACUCAGACACUUCUGGGCAAACCCGGACGGUUGGUCACCCUCCCUACAAAGCUGAGUUUGAAUUGUCACUGGAGUUUGAAUUGUCAUUUGAGUGACUUUUGUCACUCCAAACAUUUCUCCAUUUUAUCUUUUCCCACUUAGGGAUGAGAAGCAGUUGCUUCUGUGAACCCGUAUGAUUUCCAUAGUCUCUCUGGAUCCCUAUGGCUACUUGCAAGCUGGCCAGUUCUCUUCUGAACUCAUCCUGCAGUGCUUUGUCAAUGCAACCAACUGUAUACAAUUCCUGCUGCUAAAAUUCUGUUCUCUGAUGCUUUCUCCUAGUUUAUUAGGUAGAUUAUUAAAGUAUGACUUCUAAGUUACUGCAGGCAACAGUUUUACCAAAUACUUUGCUACUAUAUGACAUGGGUUGCCAUCCUUCCAGCCUCCAAUAAGAUUUCUUUGCUGCCCUCCACAUGUUAUUGUCAUACAUAUUAGGGUUUUUUGUUUUCGUUUUUUUGUAGUAUGCAACACCUCCCUCUAGAUUCCAAUCUCCAUAUCAGUCAGGACAAAUUAGGUUAUGCUGCAACAACAACCCUUAAAUCUUCGCAGCUUCAAACAGAACAAUUGCCUAAGGAUGCCCUCCCAAGAAGCAGAAUUGGGGGCUAGUCAAGAAAUAGUCCCUUCCCUCAGGGUAAGGGGUUUUCAUCACAUCUGCAGAAUGGAACAUCACAAUCACUAGGCUGCUAUGUCUCCCACUUGUCCCCUCUCUCCUUACUGCAUUUAUCCUGUCCCUGUUCCACCAGUGUAUAUUAGGUGUGUAGCACAUGGCUUUUCUUUUUAGUUUAUAGUUC